CCCCUUUUCAACAUUAGCCAACUCGACCCCAGUCGACUUUUCUCGUCGUUAUAAUCAAAAUGACCAAGGAGGAGAUCGAGGCUCAGGAGGGCGCCGUGGAGGAGGUGGAGGACGACGAGGACGAGGAGCUCUCGGAGGACGACGACGAUGAGGACCUGGAGGGCGAUGAGGAGGGUGGCGCUGGCCGCGGCAAGCAGAGCCGCAGCGAGAAGAAGAGCCGCAAGGCCAUGCAGAAGCUGGGCAUGAAGCCCGUCACUGGCGUGACUCGCGUGACCAUCAAGAAGAGCAAGAACAUUCUGUUCGUGAUCCAGUCGCCCGAUGUCUUCAAGAGCCCCGCCUCGGACACCUACAUCAUCUUCGGCGAGGCCAAGAUUGAGGACCUGAGCGCCCAGACCCAGGCCGCCGCCGCGGAGCAGUUCAAGAUGCGCCCGGAGGCCAUGGCUGGUGCCGCCGCGCUGGCGGGCGAGGGCGUGCAGGGCUCUGCCGCCGCUGCCGGCGGUGCGGCCGCGGACGACGACGACGAGGAGGUGGACGACAGCGGUGUGGAGCAGAAGGACAUUGAGCUGGUCAUGACCCAGGCCAACGUGUCCCGCUCCAAGGCCGUCAAGGCGCUCAAAAACGCGGAGGGCGACAUCGUGUCCGCCAUUAUGGAGCUCACCAUGUAACGCAGCCCGCUGUUUGUCUAAAUGUCUUUUUUAAAUAAGAAAGAAAGACAAACAAACAGCAGAGUGUUGUGUGCAUUUGGUGGGGUGCCCGGUGGCGGGAGGAUGCCCCGCCGGUGCACGGCCGUGGUGGCGACGCGCGAGGGAACACGCAGCGCGUGCGUGCGCAGUGCUUGGGUGGUGAGAGAGUUUGCAGUGGUUUAGAAACUGUGUGUGAGCUCUCGCGCUGAUGCUUGAGGCGGGCACAGCUGCGGCGUUCGCGGCCGGGCGGCGGGGGCGCGGCGGGCGGCUUUAUGAAAGAACGUGUCCGUGCCGCCGCGUGACUAGAAGUGUCCAAUGUGCAGGGAUGGCUGAGUUUGAUUCGUUUUGAUGGUGUUGCUUUUGCUCUCUGGUAUCGGCUGAUUCGGGUCAGGACGGAAGCACUCUCCGCCUCCGAGUGCACGAUGUGGCCAACUGCCGCCGCGCGCGCCCGAGAGGGUGGCUGUGUAAAGGGCUGAAUUC